AUGCCGAGGGAAGGCAGUCGUGGUGGUAGAUUGCGUUCUCAUGAGGCUUGUCUGAAUUGCAGAAGGAAGAAAACAAGGUGUCCGGCCGAAAAACCGGCAUGUUCAAGCUGUGUCCGCCUUAAUCAGGCAUGUUCGUACACGGCAAUCCAAAGGGGCUCUCGUGGCGGUCCAUCUGCUGAUCGGCUAGCCUAUCUUGAAGAGAAGGUGAAUCUGAUCUUAAAUGGCCAGCAGAAUCAGGGAUUUAAUGAGAUUCCUGAACGAGCCCGAGCCUACUCAGUCGUCUCGGGUCUUUCUUCUGGAGAAAGAGCUUGUUCGAACGACCCUUUCCUCCUGGGAAUUGGGCUCGAGGACUCAAAAACAAACCCUGAAUCUUGUCUUCUUCAUGCUAUAGAGCUCUAUUUUCAAUAUUGUCACAGGCAGCCGAUCUGGUGCUUUGACCGUGAAGAAGUCAAGGAUGCCAAUACCACCUCAGAAGAACUUGCCUGCAGUAUCAUCACGCUCACGUCACGUUUCUCUCAAGACCGAGAUGAUCUGCAACACUAUGGUGACACAGCACGAACUUUGGUGAUGCUUCGUAUAGCAAAUGGAACUGUUGAACUGGAUACGAUCGAGAGUUUAUGUCUACUUUCGUAUUCUGCAUUCUUGGAUGGUAAUGGCCAUGUUGGGCGCUUUCACCUCGGCCUCGCACUUCAACUGUGUCGCUCUGCCAUGCUAGAUCUCGAAUCGUCAUAUGGCAUUGACUGCGCAGCUCCCGAGCGAAAGAAACGAAUAUUCUGGAGUUUACAAACUCUAGAGCAAGCCUAUGGACAGAUAAAUGGUAUUUUGAGUGUCCCAUCGGGCGUACUGCGGUCCUUUUACGUUUCCAAUGUCAAGGACCAAAAUUUCACAACGGCUGGAAAUCCUCCACCACUACCAUAUGACGAGCUUGGCUGCACCAGCUCAAGUGACAUGGGAAUCUGGAACCUGGCUUUACAUUUCGGAUGGGUCUGGACGAGGAUAAGAACCUUCGUCUCAGAUUGUGCCCAGAAUAAAUUACAGGAGCCCUGGCGGCACGACUCGAUGUAUGCCAUGGUUCUGUCUGAUCUAACAGAGCUCGAGAAUAAACUUUCUCCAUGUCACCGAUAUGACUCGGUCAAAUUCUACGAACGGAGAGCAGAAGAGGUGAGAGGGAAUAGAGAUUAUUGGGCUUCCUGGCUCAAACUACAAUUCACCUAUCAUACCAUCUUGACUGUACUCAAUCACCCUUUCCUUUACAUAGUCGCAUCUCAGGACAAUGAAAACCUGACAAUACCCAAUACAUUUUGGCGAAGAUCUUCUGAGUUGGUCUUGUUGCAUGCAACCUGGAUUGUUCGCAUGAUUGAUAUGGUAACUGAGAAAAAAAUGCGACUGAUCGAUCCCUUCUUUGGACAUGCAGCCGCCAUUGCUGCAACUGUCCAUCUCUACUAUUGCUGCGCUGCUGACCCAAGGUUAAAAUACAAGUCCAAAAUAGACUUUGCAAAAUGCAGGAAGUUUUUGAAAAGUUUUGUUCCAUUUUCACCUGCUUGUGAAGCUUUGGACCAAACACUGGAUCGAAUGACUCAAGUAGCAUCUGGCUCAGAAAAGAUUGACUUUGAUUGGGAACCCUCGAAAAUUCAUCUUAGUAUCCCUCUGAUGUGGGAUCUUCUGCAAGUCAACUGUUCGCCCUCGUCAUAUGAGAAUGCUACAGGUGGCUUACUUCAUUCCUCGCUCACACCGGUCGCUAUUCCGGAAGAGAUGGAAAACUCGACUACAACGCUUGAAAUUAUCGUCGCCAUGUCACCAGAGGUGACGGUCAACACGGCUGAUGGAGGCUCGGCUGCUCAUGUACCGCCAAAGCCUCGUUGUCGCCCGCUGGCCACAUCACUACCAGCAUCACCUGCAAGCACAGCUGAGGACCUCGUAGAAAAGCUUGUAGCACCAGCAGACAGUCUCAUGGCCAACACCCCCUGGCUAUGGGCUGAUCAUUCACAGUAUGUUGACCUGGAAAAUCUAGGCUUUGCAGAACCUGAAUCCACAUUGGGAAAUGUGGAGGGGUUUUCCACGUGGUGGGAUUUCGGAAACUUAUGA